GAUAAACGCGCUAGCAUGGCGCAAAGCGGCACACCUCGGUUUCCGAAAGGAACCAUUUCCACGCACCUGUACCUGGUGUUGAUUUUGGUUCCAGUUUGGAUGUCAUUGCUGGGACCGGCGCAAUGUGACAGCGGCAUUUCAGAACGGAGCUUCAGGGAUCUUGUGCUUGACAGUAGCGGCGGCAGAGUGCUGAGACGGAGCUUUACUAAUAAUGAUGGAGAUCCGGGUGGUAUGGGAGUUGCGCGCUUCAGGAGAGCGCUGUCCCAGGACAAAGUCUCUCUGCUCAGCAGCUCGUUCGUGCUCAAAGGGGAUGCCACUCAUAACCAGGCAAUGGUCCACUGGACCGGAGAAAACAGCAGCGUUAUACUCAUCCUGACUAAGUACUACCAUGCCGACUCCACCAAGGUUCUGGAAAGUUCUCUGUGGAGGUCUAGCGAUUACGGGACCACUUACACCAAGCUCAACCUGAUGCCGGGGACAACUAUCAUCGUCACCAACUUCUACAUCUGUCCCACCAACAAGAAAAAGGUGAUCCUGGUCAGUUCCUCCAUUAACGAGCGGGAUCAGAUGCUCUUCAUCAGCGUGGAUGAGGGCGCGUCCUUCCAGAGGCAACCCCUCUUCUUCACCGUGGAGACGCUCCUCUUUCACCCCAAAGAGGAAGACAAGCUGCUGGCCUACAGCAAAGAGAAAAAGCUGUAUGUAUCCACGGACCUGGGGAGAAAAUGGACCUUACUGCAGGAACGUGUUACCAAGGAUCGGAUUUUCUGGUCUGUGGCUGGUGUGGAUGUGGACCCUGACUUGGUGCAUAUGGAGAUGCAGGACACAAGUGGAGGCUUCCUGUACGUGACCUGCCUCAUACAGAACUGUUCUGACAAAAUGGUCACCGCGCAGUUCCUGGGGAAGAUUGACCAGAACUCGCUAUCCGUUCAGGACGACUACAUAUUCGUGAAGGUGACCACAGGAAACCGUACCAAGCACUAUGUUUCCUACCGCCGGAACGACUUUGUCCAAAUGAAGUUUCCCAAGUACUCUCUGCCAAAGGAUGUCCAGAUCGUCAGCACCGAUGAGAACCAGGUGAUCCUGGCCCUGCAGGAGUGGCACCAGACCGACACCUACAACCUGUACCUGUCGGAUCCGCAGGGCCUGUACUACUCCAUCGUGCUGGAGAACGUCCGCAGCGCCCAGCAGCCGGAGGAGAGCGUGCUCAUCGACAUACUGGAGGUCCGUGGGAUCAAAGGUGUCUUCCUGGCCAAUCAGAAGGUGGAUGGGAAAGUGACCACCCUCAUUUCCUACAACAAAGGACGGGACUGGGACCUGCUCAGCCCUCCUGCUAUGGAUAUGAACGGAAAGCCAGUCAACUGCAAACCGCCGGAGUGUCACCUGCACCUGCACCUCCGCUGGGCCGACAACCCCUACGUUUCCGGAACAGUCCACACCAAAGACUCCGCCCCCGGGCUCAUCAUGGGAGCAGGUAACUUGGGCUCCCAGCUGGUAGAGUACAAGGAGGAGAUGUACAUCACGUCUGACUGUGGGAAAUCCUGGAGACAGGUGUUUGAGGAGGAACAUCACAUCCUGUACCUGGACCACGGCGGAGUCAUCGUCGCCAUCAAGGACACCUCCAUUCCACUGAAAAUACUCAAGUUCAGCGUGGACGAGGGCCGCACCUGGACCGUGCACAACUUCACCAGCACGUCGGUGUUCGUGGACGGGCUGCUGAACGAGCCGGGGGACGAGACCUUGGUCAUGACCGUGUUUGGCCAUAUCAGCUACCGCUCGGACUGGGAGCUGGUGAAGGUGGACUUUCGCCAGUCCUUCGUCCGACAGUGCACCGAGGCUGACUACGACUCCUGGAGGCUGACUGACCUGCAGGGCGAGCGUUGCAUCAUGGGACAGGAGAGGAGUUUCCGGAGGAGGAAGGAGUCGGCCUUCUGUAUCAAAGGGAAGAGCUUCACGUCCGCCCUGACGGCCAGGCCCUGCCAGUGUUCAGAGAGGGACUUCAGCUGUGAUUAUGGGUUCGAGCGUGCGCCCAGCCUGAAAGCGGAAGGGGAUCGCUGUUUCGCCGACUUCUGGCACGACCCAGACUCCCCACCCGAGGACUGUCAGCUGGGCCAGAGUUACGCAUCCAGCACAGGCUACAGGAAGGUGGUCUCCAACGUGUGUGAGGGAGGAGUGAACAAGCAGCAGAGCUCCAAACAGCACACCUGCCCUCUGCUGCCCCCUAGAGGCCUGCAGCUCGGUGUCAAGAGUCAAAUGUUGGCUGUGGCACCUGGCGAUGACAUCACUUUCAUCGUCCACCAGGAACAGGGGGACACGGCCAACACCAAGUACGAGGUGGACCUGGGAGACGGGGUGCGGGCCAUCUACAGGAACCUGACGGUGACAGACGAACCCAUCCAGCACCGCUACGAGAAGCCGGGCGUGUACCGGGUCACCGUGAAGGCCGAGAACCCGGCUGGCCACGAUGAAGCCACCGUCUACAUCCAGGUCAACGCCCCUCUACAGGAAGUGCACCUGGAAGUGGUUCCCAUCGCUGGGAUAGACCAGGAAGUGAACUUGACUGCCGUGGUGCUUCCUGCUGCCACCAACCUGACUGUCUUCUACUGGUGGAUCGGUAACGACCUCCAGCCCAAGCUCUCUCUGGAGAACAGCGUGAUCACCAAGUUCCCAGAAACAGGCGAGGUGUCGGUCUCUGUCCAAGCCUCAAAUGGCCGCUCCAUGGUCCAGGACUCCAGAACCGUUCGUGUGUUCGAUCAGUUCCAGGUCAUUCCGCUGAGUUUCAGCAGGAACCUCGACCAGUUCAACCCCAACAUCCCCGAGUGGAGGGUGGACAUAGGGCAGGUUGUGACCAAGAUCCUGGCCAAGAUCACUGGAAUUCCUCAAGAGUCCCUGGUUACCAUGGUGAGGCCUGGUCUACCAACCACAGCGGACCUGUACGUCCUCCCAGCGGAGAGCAAGCUGGCCAAGCGCAGUGUGUUUGUUGAUAAGAGGGUCCCGGCGAUAAAGCAGGCCUUCACUGAGAACAACGUCAGCUUCAUCGUGCGGGGAGGUCUGCUAGUGCUGGUGACCCUGGCCGACCCCGAUUCAGGACAAAGAGACACGUCGACCCAUGCCACAGAAACCGGCUCCCAGGGGGGCAUGGCGGGGGCGGGGGUCUGGGCUCUGGCCCUUGUAUUUGUGGUCAGCCUGGUCGCCGUUGGAGCUUUCAUCCUUUACAAAUUUAAGAGAAAACUCCCAGGAAGGAACGUCUACGCCCAGAUGCACAACGAGAAGGAACAGGAGAUGACCAGCCCUGUCAAUCACAGCGAGGACACACAGAACAUCAUUCAGGGGGAGGAGUUUAUCGAUGACGACCUGGACUCACAGACCCUAGGUAACUCCGGAGGUAACCACUCGGGCGUAGUGCUGAGCGUCAACUCCAGGGAGCUGCACAGCUACCUGACCAGCUGAUGGCCGCGGAGCCGCUGAAGAGCACGGACUCUGUCUGCCUUCUUCCGUUUUAUUACACCGGCCCUCCUCUCCCGGGGCCCGCGGAGCUGGGGGGCCCUCCCCCCCUCCCCCCCCCCCGACCCCAGACCAUUUAUACACCGCCCGCGGCACUACAGCAACCAGCUCUGUCUCUCGCCUCUCACACCCCACCCCUCCCCUCCCGCCAUCCGUAUGGAACGUACAGGGUCUGAGAGACUCCCCCCCCCCCCGCACCUGCUCCCGCUUCCCCUCCCCUGUGCUCCCCAUCGCUCCAGUCUGUUUACUUUGGCACGACCACCCGCAGAAAAAAAACACCGCUCUUUGUUUUACGUUUGAACGUGUCUGACGUGUCUGCUCAAGACCGGCUGAACGUGUCUGCUCCCUCAAGACUAGGUGCAUCUCUCCCACUCUCUCUGAGAUUCUCUUACUCCCCUUUUUGCUUUCUUCCUGUCAGUGUUUUUCUUUUAUUUUUUUUUGUAUGGGUUUUGUGUUCUCGCUGUCAUUCUGUCUCUCUUGUAUUCUACUCUUGGUGAGUACCGGCGUGAUUGCUCACAGGUGGCUAACCCAGCGUGAGACAUUCUACAUUGUCUCCGAAAAAAAAAACAGAAAGGCAGCCCGGGUCAGGAGCCAAAGUGUGUAGUUAAAACUACAAAAACACGCCUUUCCUUUCUGUUUUCAGUCGCGUUGUGGAGGAUGACCACAGGGGGCACUGUGUAGUUCCCUUUAACCCUUGUCAUAAUAUUCUUGUGGUACUGCUUCAGUUGAACUAAUGCCAAGGGAAGAGGCAUGCUGCUCAGAGGCUGCAGGUCCAGGUCCUGCUAUGCCAGGUUCCAGGAAGAGAACGGUUGCGGUCGACCUCAUUAAAGUAGCAGGGAAGGCUUGAAACGGUUUCAAACUUGUGAAGGAGAGCGAGCCUUGUAAAAAAAAAAAAAGGCUCAUAAAAUUAUAUGUAAGAGCGUCUAUAGAGUCUUUCAGAGAGAGCCUCGUUCAGAGUCUUUCUUUCUGAAACAUAAUUGGAACGAGUCCUUCUAAAACAGAAUCUAAAUGAAAUCUUUCUGAAACGGUGUCUUUAAGUCUUUCUGAAACGGCCUUGUUAAGAGUCUGAAAAUAGAUCUGGGACAAGAACGUGUGGAGUGUGGGAAAUGCAGUGCUUUAAAAAGUUCCCAUUGUUUGUACAGUGCGAUAUGAAAUCCCUAGCCUAAUCCGUCCUGCAAUUUAUUAUUAUAUUUGUACAGCAUGUGCUGUGUCCAAUAAAUUAUGAAUGCUACCUAUAAUUUAAUUAACUUUCAUGCCAAAAACACAACUAAAAAAAAAUAUUCUUUACCUAAAACCCAAUCUCCAGAGAGUUGUCAUGUUCCUAAGAAAAGUUCAGCUUUUUACUGUUGAGGGCGCUGGUCUCCUAUUUUUUGGAAAGUGCAGGGCUGACAUUGAAAUUGCAGUUCAAACUGUAGACUCUAGAGGGUGCUGAAGUCCCUAAGUGGGGUAAAUGGCAAAGGCAAGGGCCCAUUUUUUUUUUAUUAUAAAUGAUUCCCUUAGUUUCUGCAUUAGCCCACCAUACCUUAAACCGAUCUAACAACGCUGUGGAAUAAAUCACGUAGCUUCUUUUUAAUAAAGUGUUUGUAUUUUUUUGUUAUAUUUAUCUUUUUUACGGUGCUUAUUACAUGGGUUGUGUGGAUUGAAGGCUUCAGUAUUGUGUGAGAUCAGUGAAACAGCCUACAUCUCUCCAAAAAAAACAAAAAAAAAAAGUCGUUCUUCGUCCCAAGGAGCCUCAGGAGCAGAAUUUUCCUGCUCAGUGUAAAUGCUUAGAUGCUAUUCGUCAAAGAAUAACAAAUGCUAUGCUUGCGAACAAUCACAAACCUCCCAAUAACCCAAACCCCCUUCUCCCAAAUUGUCGGAACGAAAGAAAUGAAAGUUUGGUUGAAAUUCUGUACCUGUGCGUGUAUACGUACUGCACCGAUAUUGUGCUUUUUGGAUGAAUUCACUUGCGUGGAUUGCAGCAGAUUCACCUUCCUGGUCGGUGAUAGGCUGUACGAGUAUUAGCAUGGCGGUCUGCUGAGAGUUGCAGAGUUGGACUUCAGAAGGUCUGAGUUGUGACCGGCACAUGUUGUGUGGCCCUCAUAGAGCCUAUAUUAGGCGGUGCAUGGAGUGGAGGUUCCCUUUAAUUUGGUUUGUAUAUGUAAAAACAAUAACAAAUGUACAUAAUUCCGAAUAUCUCACAUAAAUACCAAAAUUUCACCAUCUCAUCUUCAGCACUUUCACACGAUCGCGACGUCGUUAGCAAUAGUUUACCUUCUUCUCUAUCCUCACUGUACGAAUAAUAUAUUUAUGUAUAGAUGGUAUUUUUUGUUUUUUAAGUUUACUCACAUAUGAUCAACGUUACAGUCAAAAUAACAUAUAAUCCAUUUACCAGCUCGGUUAUUUCUUCCUAAUUACUGUUCUACAGAUGGACCGACAGGCUUUGUUGGAUUCAGUAAACUGGUGCAGGUGUUUGUAACAGCUCUGUCACACGACUUAAAGGUAAUCAAGGGGAAACACACAGGGACAUAAUCAUACGGUGAUUAUCGCGGACAUAAUUACAGACAUAAUUAUGGUGGACAUAAUCAAGAACAAAGCUGGGACAGCAGAAUAAAAAAACACCACAGUGAAAACCAGAAAAUUUUUUUAACAACAACAACAAUAAAAAGCCCCAUACAGUUACAAAAGGAAAACGUUGAAGGAAUCUGUUGAAACAUUAAACCCAUUUCUAAGCAGAACAAAAAUGAUUUCCUGAGGCUAUUGUGUGCAUUAAAUGUCUGUACUCAUUAAAAACAUGGGCACCACUGUAUAAGUCUGUGGUUUACAGUGCUGUGUAGGCCUGCUAUAAAUAUUUGUAGUAGAGUUAGUACAGCCAUUAGUCAUAAUUAGUUCUGCCAUGAAGUGCUGAUGGAUGCUUUGUAUUUCUCCUGGUUUCAGUUGCACUACUCACUUAAGUCUGAGAAUGAUUGCUGGAUGAGGAAUGCGGAACAUUUCCAAGUCCAGUCCAAGCUUCCUGAAACCGGGCCAGUGAUGGACGGACCUGCUUACGGGCAGCCACAGUUGGCCUUGUGGUUUUCGAGUAGAUGGUUCGCGCAACGCUGAAGACAGUCAAUACAAAUCAUGUGAAAGACGAGAUACGCGCUCGCAUUAAGCACGGACAGCGAACGGUGUAAUUUUGGGCUUUGUUCCAGUUAACCGGAGUCCUGGGACAACGGGUUCACUCCAGCUUCUUGUGUUCCAACGUAAGCUCUUUAUUCAAAAACGGGGCCACACAAACCAAACUAUUAGUCUGAAAGAUGUGUCCUUCAGGGAAGCCAACAGUCUCUGUGGCUCUCCUGGACCAGAACCGUCCAUCACUGGUGUAGUUUCUUUCAUUUCACAACGUCUUUACAUUGGUCUUCAAAAAAAAAAAAAGGAACAAAAAGGACAGCAGAGUUUGAUUCACCCCGCCGGUUACACCCUGCCCUCUGUGGAGAGCCACCUUCAGUCUGGCGCCGGGCUCGAAGUCCAAGGCGGUGCCACAUCGCUUCGGCAUCUUUUGUACAUAUAUAUGCACAUGUCUUGUUCUUAGGUUUCUAGUGAUGUGACGUCCGUGAGAUAUUUCUUUUUUUGUGUGUGUGUGGGGGUGGGGGAGUCGGGGGAGGGUAGUCGAAAAAAGAUAAAUAUAUUAUGUGGAGGAGACUCGCUGUUGACACAAAAUGUUUGAAAUUGACUGCACAGUUUUAUUAUUAAUGUUUUGAGUAAGUGUUUGAAUACUCAGCUGAUCGUAGUGCACAUAACCAACUGCCCAGGGCCAAGCACACUCAUAACUGUAUAGGUUUGUUCUAAUAAUUUGAUCUGUUCAAUAAAGACUAAACAUCUUCAGGAAA